CCAUUAUAAAGCUACGCUGCGCCUGUCUCCAUCAACAGAUCGCACGAGGCUGCGGACGCCAGAGCUGCAGCCCCUUGGCACACAGGGGCCUUCUCGGAGCCAGCAGCCCCCACCGGCAUGGAGCAGCUGGGCAUCGCAUUGCUGUUGGUGACUGCAGUGAGCAGCCAGAAUGACCGGAUCAUCGGCGGCGCCCCCUGCACGCCUCACUCCAUGCCCUGGCAGGCCGCCCUCUUUGUGGGCUCCCAGCUCAACUGUGGAGGGACCCUGAUUGCCAGGAACUGGGUGGUCACCGCGGCCCACUGCCACGUCAGUUGCCCCAUCGGCGUGCGCCUGGGAGAGCACAACAUCAAGAGUCUGGAUUGGACAGAGCAGCUGCGAGUCUCAGAGAAACUGAUCCGCCACCCCGGCUAUAACUCUGCCAGCAAGGACAAUGACAUCAUGCUCAUCAAAUUGCUCACCCCGGCUAACUUCAACAAAAAUGUCCAGCCCCUGGAGCUACCUACGAGUUGCCCCUCGUCCAGGGAGGAAUGUGUGGUGUCCGGAUGGGGAACAACAAAAAGCCCUCAAUUGUACUUCCCACCUGUUCUCCACUGUGGCAACGUGUCCAUUUUCUCCCAGGAACAGUGCCGCAGUAUCUACCCUCGCUACUACACCGAGAACAUGCUGUGUGCUGGGGUGAUGGAAGGGGGAAUAGACGCGUGCCAGGGAGAUUCCGGGGGACCCCUAGUCUGCAACGGGAAACUCCAGGGUAUUGUGUCUUGGGGGACCCAGACAUGCGCACUGCCCAACAAACCAGGUGUCUACAUCAGCGUCUGUAAAUAUGUCGACUGGAUCCGGGAGACCAUGAACAACAACUGAUCCUCAGUCCCUCAGGAGACCACGGUAU